CAAAGUCCAUACGGUGUUUUAUAGAGCAGCUGUGACAUACGCCUCAGUUUGCUUUUCUGAGUUGUGCAGAUUCGCAUGGUUACUUUUUAAAUUUGUUUUAUUGUGGUAAAAAUGUAUAUAACAAAACAUUUGCCAUUUCAACUUUUUUUACACGUACAGUCCAGUAUCAUUACUUACAUUCCUCUUGCGGUGCAGACAUCACCACUACCCUUUCCCACAGAGCUCUACCACCGUCAGCAGAAACUCAGUACCCUCUAGGCAGAGACUCCCCCUUUCACCCACCCUGCUAACUGCUAAUGAGCUUUGGUUUCUAUACAUUUCUCUACUCUAGAUAUUUCAUAUUAGUGGGAUCAUACACUGUUUGUUCUCCUGGGAUGACUUAUUUCACUUACCAUGUUUUCAAGGUUCAUCCACGUGGCAACAUGUAUCAGAACUUCAUUUCUUCUUGUGGCUAAGUUAUAUUCCAUUGUAUGUAUGGACCACAUGUUGCUUCUCCAUUCAUCUGUUGAUAGACAUUUAGAUUGUUUCCACUUUUUGGCUAUUGUGAAUAGUGCUGCAAUUUUAAUGCCUCAUUAUUAUUUGAAUACUUUUUAUUUUUCUUUUUUGUCUUGCUGGUUCUGUGGGCGUUUUUAUUUUUUGCAUGUGAAUUUGCAUUUAUGCUCUUAUAUGAGGUUCUGUAGUCCUUUUUCAGAAUUCUUAGUUUGCAUCUAGAAACCCGCAAAUAGUAGAAAGCUACCACUCUUCUCUGAGCAAAAGGGUAAGUAAGAGUGAUUUGUCACAAUCUGGUAUUUCAAAUAAGAAUAAAGUAUAAGAAACUAUCAAAGCUCAAAAGUCGAUGGAUUUUAAUUAUUCGAUAGUCCCUUUUGCUUUGUGUUUUUUCUUCUUUUCUAAUACCCUUUAACAAUCAGCAUGGCUUAUUUUGUUUUUUCCAAAGAAUGUUUGGAAAAUGUACUUGCGACUGCUGCUUUCUUUUUAAUUUGAAUUUCUCUCUUAAGGACCGGUUAAAGUUCAUUUAUGCCAAAGAAGGAGUUCACAUCUAGAACUGCCACAGCCCUUUUUCUUCUGUCACUGUUCCUCAGGUUUAUGUUCUGGUUCAUAAUUAAGUACUUUCUUAUCAUUUGGCCUGUUGGACGCUAACGUUUAUAACUUAGGUGUUCUUCCGUGGUUUUUUUUGGAGGCGGUGUUUGCUAGUUUGUUUUUGGAGAACACCCAGAUGCAAAAGAAAUUGUCUCUUUAUUUGAAGUAUUUCAGAAGCUCAGUUCUACCAGGUAAAACUGGUGAGUGGCAUCAAAAUCUGGAGCAUUCAUGCUUGCCCACACUUGAACAGCCAGGCAAUUGUGAGAGUUAGAAAUGAGGUCACGGACGGGAAGGGAAGGUAUGUGUCUGCUGGGGGUAGGAUGAGGCAGAGAGCGCAGGCCCCACUCCGAGCACCGUCCACCCUGUUUUCUCCCGCUGUUCCAGUGUCUGAUGACCCGAGGUUCUGAGCAGAUCCUGAAUGUGUGUCCAGUUCAGUUUUAGGAGAGGAACAAAGCAAAGAGGAGGGACAAGAACCUGACUUCCAGUGUUAGAUCGCACACCCAAACCCUGCAGGAUACUGGCUCCAUCUCUCCCCACCCCCCGCUCCCCCCUCCCCGCACAUGGCGGGCUUUAUAACGUGCAUUUUUCCACCUUUGUUUAAAUAUCCAACCUGUCCAACCUGUUUGGGCUGAGCAAGCUGGUGCUAGCAAACAUCUAAACGUACCCACUCACUGUCAGCUUUUUCCUGAUUUGCUAAGGAAGGUGAUUAGCAGCAGAAUCUGCUUCCCCCACUCCCUAUUAAUGAGUGGACGAGAAGCAUGUGGAUUUAUGGCGUUGGAUCUCCACCUGACCCCCUGUCACGCUUGCACCGUGGGCCUCUCUCCUGGUUCUUUCCGAGCUCCAGGAUCCUUACUGGAGAGUUGUUGGCCUUCGGUGCAGAGAGACUUUUGUUUCUUUAAGCCGAAGAUCCAGUUGCAUAAUGGAUUCAUUGGCGUGUUGGCCCUUAGUUCUUAUUCUUCAUGCUUAUAUAACAUCACUCACUCAGGAGGAGUCGGACUGUGGCUCCAGCAUUAUAGGCAGGAAAACCGAGGUCUGAGAUGUAUGGGAUUUGGCCAGGAUCUUAAGCACGUCACCAAUCGUCAUCCAUCCGUCCUGCCAGCUCCUGCCUUUCCCUCUCAGUUCCUGUUGAUAGAGCAGAGUGGUGCUCCUCCCUUGCAUCAGAUCAUGCUGACUGUACCUGUCACCUCUGGCUGUACCUGUCACCUCUGGCUGUACCUGUCAUCUCUGGAAGCGGGCAUUGGUGGUUCAAUGGUAGGAGUCUCACCUUUCAUGUGGGAGACCUGGGUUUGAUUCCCGGUCAGUGCACCUCAUGUGCAGCCACCACCUGCCUGUCAGUGGAGACUUGGGUGUCGCUAUGAUGAUUCUAUGAUGAUGAACAGGUUUCAGCAGAGCUUCCAGACUAAGAUGGACUAGGAAGAAAGGUCUGGUGAUCUACUUCUGAAAAUCAACCAAAGAAAACCCGGUAGACCUUAGUGGUCCAAUCUGGAACCAAUCGUGGGGCUGGCUCAGGGAUGGGCAGUGUUUCAGUCUUUUGUGCACGUGGUCACCAUGUGUCAGAGCCGACUUGAAGGCAGCUAACAUCAUCUCUGGAGCCCUGGCGGUGCAGUGGUUAAGAGCUAUGGCUGCUGACCAAAAAGCUGGCAGUCCGAAUCUACCAGGCGCUCCUUGGAAACCCUGCGGGGCAGCUCUCCUCUGUCCUGUGGGUCACUGUGAGUUGGAAUUGACUCUGUGCCAACGGGCUUGGUUUGUUUUUUGGAACUUUGUUUCCGAAAAGCAGAGCUCCUGUGGGCAUCGUGCUCAUCCCAUAGACCAAUGUACUCCUAGGGAAGGGGCUGUGUUGCCAAGUUGGUUUUGGCAGGUGAGACUUCUCUCUCAAGUCGGGACAACCUGAUCUGGUCUCCUUCCUUCUCAGUUAUUGUUCACUGGCCCAUAAGUAAUAGACAGUGGUGUCCCCAAAAUGGUGGAGAUUUCUUCCCCGCAGUCCCUCACUGUGCAUUCCAUCUUCCUCUUUGACGUCUUGAAUGGUGCCCUAAGCAUGUCUUGUUUCUUUUUUGGAAAAGGCUAAACAGUAGCAAACAUAGACUUAGCACCACCUCGUUGUGAAGAUAUGUCACCUCUUCCUCCUCUGCAAAAAGAAGAAUGUGAAUGUCUAAGUUCUGCAGUCCUUAAGAAACCUAAAGUUAACUCCCCUGCAGGCUGACCUGAGAAUUGGUCUUGGUGACGUGAAUGCUUCCUUUCUACCAGGAAACAUACAUAUGAAGAUUCACGAGAAGGACCCCAACGGUGCCACAUCUGCAGCCCCUCCGUCCCCUCUAAAGCGCAGGCGGCUGGCCUCCAAGAGGAAGCUGAGUCACGAUGCUGAGUCUGAGAAGGAAGACCCCUCGCCUGCUAAAAAGAUGGUAGAAGAUGGGCAGUCAGGUGACUUGGAGAAGAAGGCUGAUGAAGUUUUUCAUUGCCCAGUGUGUUUCAAGGAGUUUGUUUGCAAGUAUGGGCUGGAGACCCACAUGGAGACCCAUUCAGACAACCCUCUAAGAUGUGACAUUUGCUGUGUCACCUUUCGAACACAUCGAGGAUUGCUACGCCACAACGCAUUUGUCCACAAGCAGCUGCCAAGAGACGCAAUGGGGAGGCCGUUCAUACAGAACAACCCUUUAAUUUCCGCGGGCUUCCAUGACUUGGGGUUCACUGACUUCUCCUGUCGGAAGUUUCCCCGCAUUUCUCAGGCCUGGUGUGAAGCAAACCUGCGGCGGUGUAUCAGCGAACAACACCGCUUCGUCUGCGAGACCUGCGACAAGGCAUUCCCCAUGUCCUCCUCACUUGCCCUGCACCGGCAGAUCCAUGGCGCCGGAGACCCGGGGCAGGAGAAGCCACAGGCUGACCCCCUGGCUGGGGAUGUACUCGACCAGAAGGUCUUCCUGGCCUUGCUGGGCCUGCAGCACACCAAAGAUGCGAAGCCCAGCCACGCCGAGGAGCCGCCGCUGGACGACAACCAAGCCAUCCAGCUCGAGACACUCAGGUGCCAGCUACCUCAGGAGCCCGCCUGCACCAGCCUGCUGAGUCUGUCCCCAUUUGAGGCCACCUCCCUGGGUGGCCCACUCGCUGUCCUCCCAGCCACCAAGGAGAGCAUGAAGCAUCUGUCCCUGCAGCCCUUCCAGAGGGGUUUCAUCAUCCAGCCCGACAGCAGUAUUGUGGUCAAGCCCAUCUCCAGUGAGUCAGCCAUCGAGCUGGCCGACAUCCAGCAGAUCCUGAAGAUGGCCUCUUCAGCACCCCCCCAGAUCAGUCUUCCAUCACUUUCCAAGGCCCCAGCCACCCCCAUGCAGGCCAUCUUCAAGCACAUGCCCCCACUGAAGCCAAAGCCCCUGGUCACGCCACGCACGGUGGUGGCCACCUCCACGCCCCCGCCCCUCGUCAGUGCCCAGCAGGCCUCCCCGGGCUGCAUCAGUCCCAGCCUACCCCCUCCGCCACUCAAGCUGCUCAAGGGCUCGGUGGAGGCCACCUCCAAUGCCCACCUGCAGUCCAAGUCCGGGGCCCAGCCCAACGCCUCCACGCAGCUCUUCCUGCAGCCUCGGGCAGAGCUGCUAGGCCAGCCUGAGAUGAAGACGCAGCUGGAGCAGGACAGCAUCAUCGAGGCGCUGCUGCCCCUGAGCAUGGAGGCCAAGAUCAAGCAGGAGAUCACAGAAGGUGACCUCAAGGCCCUCAUGGCAGGGCCUGCCGGCAAGAAGACGCCUGCCAUGCGCAAGGUCCUGUACCCCUGCCGCUUCUGCAACCAGGUGUUCGCCUUCUCAGGGGUGCUGCGCGCCCACGUGCGCUCCCACCUAGGCAUCUCCCCAUACCAGUGCAACAUCUGCGACUAUAUCGCCGCCGACAAGGCCGCCCUCAUCCGCCACCUGCGCACGCACAGCGGGGAGCGGCCCUACAUCUGCAAGAUCUGCCACUACCCCUUCACCGUGAAGGCCAACUGUGAGCGGCACCUGCGCAAGAAGCACCUCAAGGCCACCCGCAAGGACAUCGAGAAGAACAUCGAGUACGUGACCAGCAGCGCCGCCGAGAUGGUGGAUGCCUUCUGCACCCCGGACACGGUGUGCCGGCUCUGCGGCGAGGACCUGAAGCACUACCGGGCGCUGCGUAUCCACAUGCGGGCCCACUGUGGCCGCAGCCUGGGCGGCUGCCAGAAGGCCCGCAAGCCGUUCGAGUGCAAGGAGUGCAGCUCGGCCUUCACGGCCAAGCGCAACUGCGUCCACCACAUCCUGAAGCAGCACCUGCACGUGCCCGAGCACGAGAUCGAGAGCUACGUCCUGGCCGCCGAUGGCGCCGGGGGCCCUGCUGACGGGCCGGCCACAGAGGCCGCCGGCACGGCGGAGGAGGGCAGCGGCGGCGCCUCGGCGGACCGGAAGCCCAUCGCAGCCUUCCUGGAGGCCCAGAACGGCUUCCUGCACGGAGGCCCUGCCGCAGCCCCCCACGUCUCCGUCAAGCUGGAGCCCACCAGCAGCUUUGCGGCAGACUUCAACGAGCCCCUUGACUUCUCCCAGAAAGGCCUGGCCCUGGUCCACGUGAAGCAGGAGGGCGCUGCCUCCUUCCUUGGCCCCUCUGCCCUGGCGCCCUACGACUGCUCCAUGGAGCCCAUUGACCUCUCCAUCCCCAAGAAUCCCAGGAGAGGAGACAAGGACACGGCUGCUCCUGGUGAGGCCGGGAAGCCUGAACAGGAGCCCCAAGACAGCGAGCAGCCCCUGGCCUGCCCGCCCCCAUGCCCCACCCUGCCAGGGGUGUUUGGGCCCAGUGGGAGCCUGGACAAGCCCGCAACCCCAGGGCUGGCCGCCUCGACAGCACCCCUCCGGGAGGCCCCCACUCAGGCCCUGCAGGGCCCCCUGCAGCUUGCUGUCCCCAUCUACUCUUCAGCCCUCGUGAAUAGCUCACCCCUCCUGGGCAACCCCACCCUCCUCAGCGGCCCAGCCCUGCUGCGGCCGCUGCGCCCCAAGCCACCCCUGCUCUUGCCAAAGCCCCCUGUGACAGAGGAACUGCCUCCGCUGGCCUCCAUUGCCCAGAUCAUCUCCUCCGUGUCCUCAGCCCCCACGCUGCUGAAGACCAAGGGGGCCGAGCCAGGGCCUGCCAGCGCCAGCAUCGGCCCCGCAGUCCCUGAGACCGGGGGGGGCACCAUACCCAAAGCUGCCCCCACCCCCACUGACACCACCAGCCUACACGAGUCCGGGGACCCGCCCCCGACAGCCACCAGCCCUGAGGCCACCUCUCCCACCGAACAGGGGCCAGCUGGCACAUCUAAGAAGAGGGGCCGGAAGAAAGGUGCGAGGAGCCGGCCCAGGGUCAGCGGCGGCAGCAAUGUGGACCUGGACUCCAGUGGGGAGUUUGCCAGCAUUGAGAAGAUGCUGGCCACCACUGACACCAACAAGUUCAGUCCGUUCCUGCAGAGUGCCGAGGACGACGUGCAGGAGGAGGGGGCCACAGCCUCGGCUGAUCCCCAUGGGCCCAGCGACGAGGAGCAGGCCAGCCCCCCUGAGGACAAGGGGCUGAGGGCCAGGCGGAACUCCUACGCCAACUGCCUGCAGAAGAUCAGCUGCCCCCACUGCCCCCGGGUCUUUCCAUGGGCCAGCUCCCUGCAGAGACACAUGCUCACGCACACAGGUCAGAAGCCCUUCCCUUGUCAAAAAUGCGAUGCCUUCUUUUCUACCAAAUCUAACUGUGAACGUCACCAGUUACGCAAACACGGAGUUACCAACUGUUCCCUGAGAAGAAACGGGCUUUUCCCCCAGUCCAGAGAGAGAGAUGGUGGAGCUCAUGAUAGCACAGAUAGCCAGUCAGACACAGAGACAUCGGCGGCAGGAAGUGAGGUGCUGGACCUGACCUCACGAGAGAAGGAGCAGCAGGCACCAGAGGGGGCCCCUGAGCCUGGCCCGGUUGAAGAAGACCCCCCUGCAGAGGAGGGCAGGGAAGGAACGACCUCCCCUGCCAAUGGGGUGGAGAAGGCAGAGGAGGAGGAUGGGGAGCAAGGCGAGACCCGAGCCGCAGAGGAGAGAGACGAGGAGGCUGAGGGCCUAGAGGAGGACACCGUCAGCAACAAGAGCCUGGAUCUCAACCUUGCCAGCAAGUUGAUGGACUUCAAGCUGGCUGAGGGUGCCACGGGCGGCGGGGGCUCCCCCCAGCAGGAGCUGAAGCACGCCUGCAACGUCUGUGGAAAGAACUUCAAGUUCCUGGGAACCCUGAGCCGCCACAAGAAGGUCCACAGCCGCGAGGAGCAGAAGGAGGGAGGCAGGCAUGGAGGGGCUGAGGGGCCACCUCCCACCCCUGCAGCCAGUCCUGCCCCUGAGCCCGAGGAGAUGCCUGCAGGCCCUGCAGCUGUGGAGCCGGGUGCUGGGGAAGCCUUGGCGGAGAAGCCACAGGAGGAGGUGGAGGGCAUCUCCGAGGGGGAGGGCAUGGCUGAGAAGAAGGCCUCGGAGAAGAGCGACGAUGACAAGAAGCCAAAGACAGAGUCCCUGAAGAGCGUGGCCAGCAAGGCCGACAAGAGGAAGAAGGUGUGCAGUGUGUGUAACAAGAGGUUUUGGUCGCUGCAGGACCUGACUCGGCACAUGAGGUCACACACAGGGGAAAGGCCGUACAAGUGCCAGACCUGUGAGCGCACCUUCACACUGAAGCACAGCCUGGUCCGCCAUCAGCGCAUCCACCAGAAGGCCCGGCACCACGGGAAGGACGGUGACCAGGACGAGAAGGGUGAGGAGGACAGUGAGAAUGAGUCCACCCACAGUGGCAACAACCCCAUCUCAGAGAGUGAGGCUGAGGCCACGCUGACCACCAGCAACCACAUGGCCAUAACACGGAGCCGCAAGGAGAGCUUGGCCAAGGAGGCCAGUCGCAAGGAAGAGAAGGCGGCAGGUCGGACGGCUGCUGCCUGCCAGGCUGACUCCAGCAAGAGUGCACCCAGGGCCACCCCUGGGGCCGGCCUCAAGGAGCAGGCGUCUCAGGGUAUGGCUGACCAGGAGGCCCCGGCGGCCGAGGUGCAGGACCUGCUGGAGCUGCCUGGGAGGAGGCCAGCCCAGCCCAUCCUGGCUGCUGCCGAGGGCUCCACUCAGCUCCUGGGCAUGGAAUGAAGCGUGUCCUUUCCCCCCGUGCACAGAGCCAGCAGAGCAAAGCGCCCCAACUCUGCACUCUCGAGGCUUCAUCAGCGCCCUUCUGCGGAUGGAGAGCGUGAGCAUGCACGCGAGAGCUGAGCAAGAGCGAGGCAGACGCGCCUCCGUGCCAUAGCCUUGUGGCCCCACCAGCACCACACAACACACAGACAGAUCCAGUGCCUUAACUACUUUACCCCAGACCCUUUGGUAUCAGAGUUUUUGUUUUGUUUUUCCAAAAUGACUUAAAAAAAAAAAAAAGGCAAAACAAAUCUUUUAAUGAAUUAUUUG